UUCGUCACUAAAUUGGCUCAAGUUUCUUGUCACACACAUGUUAUUACACACUGGAGAAAAGCGAUACAAAUGCAGUGAGUGUGGAAAGAACUUUACUCAAUCUGGUAGUCUACAAGUUCAUAUGAGAACACACACAGGAGAAAGACCAUAUGAAUGCAGCGAGUGUGGAAAGAAAUUUACUCGAUCUGGUAUUCUACAAGUUCAUUUGAGAAAGCACACUGGAGAAAAGCCGUAUGAAUGCAAGGAGUGCGGGGAAAAGUUUACUCAAUCUGGUAUUCUACAAGUUCAUAUGAGAUUGCACACUGGAGAAAGACCAUAUGAAUGCAGUGAGUGUGGAAAGAAAUUUACUCACUCUGGUAGUCUGCAAGUUCAUAUGAGAAUGCACACUGGAGAAAGACCAUAUGAAUGCAGUGAGUGUGGAAAGAAAUAUACUCAAUUUGGUGUUCUACAAGUUCAUAUGAGAAAGCACACAGGAGAAAGGCCAUAUGAAUGCAGUGAGUGUGGAAAGAAAUUUUUUCAAUCUGGUCAUCUACGAGUUCAUAUGAGAUUGCACACAAAAGAAACACCAUAUGAAUGUAGUGAGUGUGGAAAGAAAUUUAAUCGAUCUAGUAGUCUACAAUUUCAUGCGAGAGUACACACAGGAGAAAAGCCAUAUCAAUGCAGUAAGUGUGGAAAGAAGUUUACUCAGCCUGGCAAUCUAAACGUACAUAUGAGAAUACACACAGGGAAAAGGCCAUAUCAAAGACCUCAUCGUAAAGAAAAGAAAUACCAUUGUGAACGUCGUGGAGAAGUCUUUGAUGUUGCAGCAGUAGAUAGAAGACACCAGGAAGUUCACACUCAAGAAGACAUAAGUGCUCAAAAGCAUACAGAUUUGAUAUCACUCGCCAGCAGCUCUCAGUCUCACUCUAGUAGUACUCAUUUAUCUAUUCAAACUUCAAGUAUGUUUAGUGAUAGAAGCUUAUUUACAUUUCUAUCUAUUCCUUCCAAUGGUGUCUGCAGUUCAUCUGCUAUUUUCUCUAUGUUCAACCAUCCCAAUGUAGCUGUGACAUAUGGUGUGACUGUGUCUACGUGUAGUGACAUGUUGGUGAUGGAGAAAGUUGUAACGUCUUUGUCUGAUGUGCUUGCUGAUUCAGACGUGAAUGAUGAAAUCAAUAUGCGAGAGAGAGUUGAUAUUUCUUAUGGCAUUGUUUGUGCAGUUGACUGUUUGCAUCAUCAAGUGGGAAUCAUUCAUGGCUACAUCAGCCCUACCACUAUAUUUAUCACAUCUCGACUGACUGCCAAACUGUUAGAUCCAGCAGCAUCUUGUCUCCUGCAUAAUAAGAUAUGUCAACAUGCUAAGUCAUAUGAGGAAGAUCUGCACCAACUAAUCUGUCUUCUCAUCAAGUUAUACGACUCAUAUUCACAAUUUUCAUCUGUUUGUCAUCGUUUAUGCAACAUGAUCAGUCGUGAUGAAAUUAAUAAGUCAAGGGAAAAAUUUGUAUCUACAACAGACCUGCUGGAGUUAAUUGAUGAAUUGAAGCAUAAUGAGGAAUACAGUUGCUGCUCACACAGACAUGAACUAUCUUGGAAAUUUGAAAUUGAUUAAGUUAGCUGAUUAGAUAUGAAUGUUUGUAAAGUUAAAUAGA